UUUAGGUGCUUUUCCAUAUAUCCUGGUACUUCGAGACUAUACGUUCUUCGUAUAUCACGGACACGAAGAUGGCCCUGAAUGAUGACAGUGAUUCUCAAGAUGAUGAUCAAAUGUUGGUAGCAUUCCGAAAAUCUGACCAUUCAGAAAAUGAGGCACCGUCGUCGUCAUCACUGUCAGUGUUGAAUGCACAGCAUGAGUUGCCUCUUGCACGGGUUAGGACGAUCAUGCAAAGUGGUGGUGAGCAGGUACCGAUCUCCAGUGAAGGCUUAUUCGCUAUGACCAAAGCUGCAGAACUUUUUGUAUGCAAAUUAGCAAAAGAAUCAUAUGAAUCAAAUGACAAACCAAAAUGUAUCGAAUAUUCUCAUUUGGCAGAUUAUAUUCAAGACAACGAUAAACUUGAAUUCUUGCAUGAAAUGGUACCUCAUAUGGUGCGUUUCGCUGACGUUAUGCAUUUGGUGCAGCCGUCAGUAUCACAAACAACAGGAUGAAGUGAUAUCAGGGAGUGCUGUAUUGUGUGAUACUCAUUUCUUGUUAUAUUUGUUUUUUGAAAUAUGACAAAAUUUAUUUCAGACUGGAGAAGUAAGAAAUUUUUGUAUUUUUCGAGUUCAUAUUUUUGGUGUGCUUUUGUUUAUGCUUGUAUAUUUAGCCAGAGCUCAUUUCUUCAGCAUCUUCCAAUUUAAAAAAGU